CAGAGGAGGUUUUUAUAGGGAAUGUUUUUGGAUUGUCCGGUUUCCUGUUUGGAUUUGUAUUGGAAUCGGUUGAGGGUUGGUCGGUCGUUUCUCUUCGCGUACACAAAUAGAUUUUCCUUCACCGCUUCCCAUUCAAUCUAAUGGUCUAAUGAAAUGCGCAUUACAAUAAACCGACUAACGCAACUAACUGGAAUUUAUUUUGCUCACAUGCUGUACAGAUAUUCAACACGAAUCAUGAGCACUGCAUCGACAACCAACACUUAUCAACCGGGAACACAUUCAGCCGCUUUCGUCACCGCUCCUGACGAGACUAUAGCCAAAACUCUUGCCCGUGGAUUAGUUACAAAUAAACUGGCGGCUUGUGUCAAUAUCGUGCCAAAAAUUGUGUCAAUAUACGAAUGGGAAGGCAGCGUAAACGAGGAUUCGGAAGUGUUGCUGAUGAUCAAAACAUCAACGGCGAAAAUUGAUGAAAUCAGCAAAUUUAUUCGAGAAAAUCAUCCGUACAAAGUGGCUGAAGUAAUAUCGUUUCCUAUUGAGAAUGGCAAUCCGCCGUAUUUGGAAUGGAUCGGCAGUGUACUCGCUAAAAAUAACUGAAAUGUCCGUACCGUGGCCGGCACACGAAAAUGUCUUGAGAAUAGAGGUCUUGAGAAUAUACAAAGCUUGUUAUACGAACUGAA